UGACGUCAUCGGGCAGUUCCACAUGAGUAGAAAGUCGAGCGGUAGCGCGGGGUUCUGCUCCCGCGGUAGGGGAAGGGGACGUGCUCAAGGUACCCGCUGGCAGCAGGGCCAACUGAAAGAGGAGUGCCAGGAUGAGUCGGAGCCAAGGGGCACAUGCAUGCGCAUGUGUCCAGAUCGUGAGCUUCGGGAGAGGGAGGCACAGAAGAGGCUGCACCGGUUUGAGGUGUUGCCAGGCACUGAGAAGGAUCGGCUGCCUCGAGCAGAUCCAGCUCGUACCGUGAAGGAGUACUCGCGCCCUGCAGCUGGGAAGGACUGUGUGAGAGCCCACGACUUGCGUCCCCCGUCUGUGCUGCUGGAAACCGUUUGCUACCUCAUCGACCACGUUGCUGUGUCCCCCUCCCUGCAACCGUGGACUGAGGUGUACGACUUUGUCUUUGACCGGCUGCGCAGUGUACGCCAGGACAUGAUCAUCCAGCGAACGUCCGGCCCUGAGUGCGUGGCGGUGCUGGAAAAGACAGUGCGCUUCUUGAUCUACGCUUCUUACAGACUGCGAGACGAGCCACUGCGACUCUAUGACCCACGCAUUAAUGACACACACCUUCAGGAGAGCCUGAGCUGGCUGCUGGACUGCUAUUCCCAUGGCCAGCAUCCUCACCAGGAGGAGAUGCAGGCUCUUGGCCUGCUCUACAACCUGGGGUCCAACCGUGCCCUACAACAUGCUCUUGAGCUGCCGGAGCGAGUGCGAGAGGCUCCAGCGAUUCGCCUAGCGCUGGCAGUGAACCGGGCCCAUCUGGAACGCAAUCCUGUGAGGCUGCUGAGGCUGGCAAGGCAGCUGGACUUCCUGCAAAGUUGUGCGCUGCACCGCCAUCUGGGGGCUUGCUGCCGAGACCUUCUGCUGCUGUACAGCCACGCGUACAGCAGCCGCAACUGUCGCUUCCCCCUGCAGAGGCUCGCCCACAUCCUGGCCCUGGAAGAGUCACAGGCAGCCUGGUUGUGCCAAGCCCACGGGGUCACUGUGGACAGAGAAUGGGUGGUCUUCUCCAAAGUGUCAUACACAGAGGCUCCCACCAAGGACCUGCGCGGCCUGCACUUUUGCGAACUGGUGGACAGCAAACGGGAAGCCACUGUUGCCAGGAUCAUCCAUGGAUGUGCCUAAGACUUGCCAUCUUUGUUGACCCAUGUAUAAUUUUUCCAAUUUCUUUAAAGUUGCUGAUUGUUGGGGGU